AUGGAAGGAAAGCAAGCGCGUUUAGAGAAAUUGAAAGAGUACAAUAAAAUAUUGGCCGACUUGAAAAUUGCUUUCUGGAAAAAAUGGGAAGAGAAGAAGGAACAAAAUGGGAAACUCGAUGAUUUUGAGCGGAUUCGAACCAUCGGUACCGGUGCUUUUGGACGCGUCAUGUUAGUUAAACACAAAGUCACUUCUAUUUUCUAUGCCAUGAAAAUACUUCAGAAAGCUAGAAUAGUGAAGUUGACGCAAGUCCAGCAUACAUACAAUGAGAAGAAAAUAUUGCAAUGCAUUCAAUUUCCUUUCCUCGUUUUUAUGGAGUUUUUCUUCCAGGAUAAUACCUAUCUUUACAUGGUGUUGCCUUACGUUAGCGGUGGUGAAAUGUUUACGCAUCUUAGACGAAUGGGAAAAUUCGAUGAAUCCUUGGCACGAUUUUACGCAGCCCAAGUUGCUCUGGCUUUGGAGUAUCUUCAUCAAUGUAGCCUAGUAUAUCGUGAUUUGAAGCCGGAAAAUAUAUUGAUCCAAAAUACGGGUUAUAUUCGUGUCACCGAUUUUGGCUUUUGUAAGAUGAUAGAAGGUAGAACAUGGACGCUAUGUGGUACACCGGAUUACCUCGCACCAGAAGUGAUCCUUUCAAAGGGUUACAGCCAAGCCGUCGAUUGGUGGAGUUUCGGUGUGCUGUUAUACGAAAUGAAUGCCGGGUAUCCCCCAUUUUAUGCAAACGAACCGAUGAAGAUUUACGAAAAGAUUAUCUCUGGUAAAUAUAAGUAUGCUCAACACUUUAGUGAGGAUUUGAGAGACAUUGUAAAGAACAUGCUGCAGGUAGACCUAUCCAAAAGGUAUGGAAACUUAAAAAAUGGAACGAAGGACAUAAAGAUGCAUCGAUGGUUUCAGACAAUUGAUUGGAAUCAAAUUUAUUAUCAGAAAAUACAACCAUCGUUCAUACCAAAAUGUGAUCAUCCUGGUGACACGAGUAAUUUCAAUGUUUUCAACGAAGAGGCUAUGAAGAUCGACAUCGUCGAUCAUUAUGCUGAAGAAUUCGCGAACUUUUGACAAUCGUUAAUUCUAGAUUUGGGUAUUGAUUGUU